AUGGUUAACCUUGUAGCAAUCCAAAAGCCAAUGUUGCAUGGCCUAAUGAAAAUGGCUGGAGUUGUACCUCAAACUAUAGAAAUCGAGUCAGGCACGGUUAUGAACUUUUGGGUUCCAACUGAAACCGUCCCAAAACAGAAAAAGUCCAAAAAAACCACUCGCUCCAACAACGUGGACGAAAUCAACCUUAAUCACAACAUCCUCAAACCUAAAACUGCGAAGCCAGUAGUAGUAUUAGUCCACGGCUUUGCAACUGAAGGGAUCGUCACUUGGCAAUUUCAAGUGGGCGCUUUAACGAAGAAGUAUUCGGUUUAUAUCCCCGACCUACUCUUCUUCGGCGGUUCAAUCACUGAUAGCUCGGACCGGUCACCGACUUUCCAGGCCGAGUGUUUGGCUAAGGGGCUAGGGAAGCUGGGGAUUGAGAAAUGUACGGUGGUGGGAUUUAGCUAUGGUGGUAUGGUGGCAUUUAAGAUGGCUGAGUUGUACCCGGACUUGGUUCAGGCGAUGGUGAUUUCGGGCUCCAUUUUGGCCAUGACUGAUUCCAUUAGUACCACAGCGUUGAAUGAGUUGGGGUUUUCUUCUUCUUCUGAGCUGCUGCUGCCAACUUCUGUUAAGGGUUUAAAAGCACUUCUCAAAGUGGCUGUUCACAAGAAGCUUUGGUUCCCCGAUCGGCUUCACAAAGACUUUCUUGAGGUUAUGUUCAAUAACAGAAAGGAAAGAGGAGAACUUCUUGAUGGUGUAGUAGUCAGCAACAAGGAUGCUACCAUCCCCACAUUUACACAGCAAAUACAUCUUUUGUGGGGUGAGAAUGAUCAGAUUUUCAAGCUCGAGCUAGCUCAGAACAUGAAACAGUAA